AUGAACAUGUCAGAUCCUAUCGCUCUAUUUCAUAUCACCGCUCAGAAUGCGGGACUACUCAUUCGCAAAACGAACAAUUCAUUUUGUUUUGAGACUUUCGAAUUAUCCCCUUCCAACGAGUCUGUCAUGACCUCUAAAGGUCGAUUAGUACGCCAGUUCCCAGCAUCUGCAACCAGACUGUCCCCUAACGACUUUGAAAACUCCGAGUUUCAGGAGGUUCUGGUCAACACACUUGCUAAGAUGGCCAAGCAAACGGUGGCGGAGGUGCAGCAGAAGGUUAGAAAAGCAAAGCAAGAGCAAGAUGAAGACAGAGACACGGCACAUCCGCGUAUUGUGACCGAACUCUUGACGAGCAUAAUUCGGGGUAUCGGCAAGUCCAUUACUGUCGAGGGAGUCUGCAAGAACACCCGCGAGGAAGUGCUGUGGAGCAGGAGUAAGCUUCCGUGGAGAAGAUCUCCGGUCUGGCUUCUCGUUCGCGUUGGACUGCAUCUUACCAUGAAACGCCUCGCGGAUGGCUCGGAUAAGACGUACAAGAGAUUCAUGAUCUUCUUUAUGGCUCAAGUGCUGCAUAUCGCCAACAACAAACCGACACAAAGCGAGGUGAUUCACAUAAUGGUCACCAAACUUUCAAGACGACUUUGUAAACUUGAGAAACCUCAAGAUGGACCAUGGCUUCAAGAAAUCAGCUCGGUUGUCUCAAUUGCUUCUGCCUGUUUACACCAACGUUGGACAAACAUCUGCACGCGAUUGCAGAAACCCUUGGACCUGGAGAAACUCUCCAAGAUCAAGGUGGAGGACAACCUACGCUUUUCGGUUCCUGAGAUGGAUGAGUUCGUCUUCGCAAUUCUCCACGUCAAAAAAACCACCCAGAACUCGAGCUUCGAACCGACAUCAAGUGUUUCCACUUUUGACACGCAAGAUCUCCCUUUGCUCGCUACCAAUAUCCACAAGGAUUAUACUUCCUUCGCCCUGGCUAUGUUUGAAACCUGGAUUAGAGAUUACCUGAGUCAAUGGAUCAAAGGCCAUAUCGGGGAAGAAUCCUGCUGUGAAAAAUUGCAACAGUCUUUGUGCAGCUAUUAUAAUACCGCUGCAGACUGGUACUCGAGGCGUCCAGAGGGCGCAUCACGAAUGCUCCUGACCAUUGGAGAACUUUGGAUCGCAAUCGACAGGGCUGCAAUUCACAAAUAUCCUAUGCUACAAGAGUAUAAGACUGAGGUGCCGACUGACGUUUGGCAAGCACUUUUGAUCCAUUCUAAAGACGACAUGGCCAGGCUUCAUCGUCUGGAGAGUCAUCUCUUAGAACGGGAGCGCACUGCCGCGUUACAUAGGCGACCAUCUAUCUUUCGUUCUUAUGGAGAGACAUCCUCCUUUUCUGUAAGGUACUUUGUCAAGUCUACCAAGCUUCAGGCGAAGAAAAUGGAGAUAGAGAAAAGCGCUUCGCAGCGUCGGCAAGACAGGAUCAAGGAGUUUCGUCGUCUUGAACAAAAGUAUGACGAUCUGAUGGCAAGUUCGGAAAGAAUGGUAUGUAAUUCUGUGUCUGUCCGUUCGUUCGAUCUAGUGUAUGACGAACAUAUACCAUCAAGCUGCAAUCGCUGUUGCCUUGAACAACAAGCAAAGGGCCUUCGGAUCGCGGUUCAUGAGUGGCCCUUGCCCGACAACCUCCUUGAAGCACAAUCAACUGUGUUUGAGCUGGAAAUUCCCCGUCCUUUCUCCAUAUGGCGUGAUGUCACCUUUUUCCUCAUUGAAGAUGUGCUAGGAUACGAGUCUUGA